AAAGGGGCGUUAGUUUUGUUUUUGAAGGAAAUAAAGCGCUAACGAAUUCUGAAUUAUGUAACUAAUGUGAAAAAUUCUUCAUCUGUGCGUUGUAAAAAGGAAUAGUUAAUAUCGUUACGUUAUUAGUUAUGGUUGAUUUCCUUGCUGAGAAUAAUGCCUGCGGGCAGUAUCUUUUAAGACUUGUCUCCCGCGGAAAUGCUAUUAUUGCUGAGCUUCUUCGAUUGUCCGAUGUCGUGCCUCAAGUUUUCCGUAUGGAAGCGAAAUCUGACAUUCAGAAAUAUGGUGAUGUCCUCUGUGAUUUCAGCUACUUCACAAUGUCUGACUUUUACGAAAAUAAGAUCGAGUCAAAUCCUCAACUCCAAGAUAGAGAUGAAGAAUUUAAAGAAAAUUACAUUGAUAUUUUGACAAGAUUUUACUUAGCAUUUGAAAGUGUUCAUAAAUAUAUUACUGAUUUAGGAAGGUUUUUAGAGGACUUGGAUGAAGGAAUAUAUAUUCAACAAACUCUUGAAACUGUACUUGCUAAUGAGGAUGGAAGACAGUUAUUGUGUGAAUCAUUAUUUUUGUGUGGAGUAAUUCUGUUGGUUACCGAUCAGAAAAUAGAUGGAAUAGUAAGAGAAAGAAUGCUUGUUUCUUACUAUCGUUACAGUGCUCAAAGAUCUAGCAUGGAUUCUAAUAUAGAUGAUGUGUGUAAGUUAUUACGUAGUACAGGCUAUAGCACUGCACCUGGAGCAAAACGGCCACCAAAUUACCCAGAUGAUUAUUUUCGUGAAGUAUAUAAUUCUUCAGAUAGUGAUGUGUGCUGUUCUUUCAGUGACUGCAACAUGAAAUUUAUUGUUGCAUUAGCUGUUAAUAAAUUAGAAUCUCUCUGA